AUGCGUUUCUCCUCCACCAUCGCUGCCGCCGGCCUCGCCGCCACCGCUCAGGCUACCUGGCACGGAGAGUGGAAGUUCCCUGACGGCAUCAAGGGCCCCAAGGAUGACGGCGGCAAGGAGGUUGGCCCCGGCUACGCUCCCCCCGAUGGCUACCUCCCCAUCUACCACCCUCCUCACCAUGACGUCGUCAUCGACGACUGCGACAAGAAGGAGGAUGAUGACUGGCACUGGGUCCACCCCGGCAAGGACCACCACGAGGAUGACUACAAGUGGACCACCAGCACCAUCACUGCCACCCACAUCUCGACCGUUAUCGACUGCGGUGACAAGGACUGCUACGGCGGCGGCGGCAAGACCCAGUACACCACCGUCACCAUCCCCCAGACCACCACUAUCUGCCCGGUGCCCGUCGCUCCCGAGCCCACGCCCGAGAAGCCCGAGGAGCCUGAGCAGCCGUACCCUGAGCCCCCUGUCGAGACGCACCCCGUCCCAACGCCCGAGCCCCCCGUCGAGACCCAGCCUGUCCACGAGCCUGAGCCUCCCGUCGAGACAUACCCCGUCCCGGCGCCCGAGCCUCCUGUUGAGACGCAGCCCGUCCACGAGCCCGAGCCUCCCGUCGAGACGCAGCCGGUUCACGAGCCUGAGCCCCCCGUCGAGGAGCCCCCUGUCGAGACCCAGCCCGGCUACGAGGAGCCUCCCGCUCCCAGCGCCCCGGUUGAGGAGCCCCCCGUCGAGUCGGAGCCCAUCCCCGUCCCCGCGCCCCCUCCCACGUCCAUUGGCACCGUCACGCGUCCCAUCCCCUCUGCCACCGAGGGUCUCGAGCCCGUCCCCACGGCUGGCGCUGCCAACGUUCGCGUCGGUGGUGCCGUGCUCGCAGCCGCCGUUGCUGCCGCCUUCCUUUAA